AUGUUCCAGAGCAGGAAGUGGUGUUCUCUUGGAGAAUUCGGGACGCGGGAGGAUGCUGUUCCCUCAUCUGUUAGACAGUUUUACCAUUCACACCUUCCAAAGACACUGCCCACUACAUCCGUGCGAUCAAACUUUCCUGUCCUUCUCCCUGCUGAAUUCUUCCUGCUCUUGGAGCUGCCGCUUUCUGCCUCCUGGGACUCGGUGUCCUCUUUGCCACGUCCUGACUCCAGUGGAGGAGGCAUGGAAGGACCUCAUGUUCUUGGGCAGACUGCCUACUCACCCUCGCCUGCGAACCCUGUGCAUCUGGUGUUUCUACUCUGUAUGCUUGAGGCUGGGAGUUUGGGGCUCAGAGAAGUGAGUUCUGGGCCAUGA